AUGGAGGCUCUGACGGCACAGAAUAUGUCAAAUACAAUGUGUGGUAUUCAUGGAAGAGACAUCUCGAGCAUUACCCCGACCAUAACAAGCGUCUUUAUGGGUCUCGGUGUCGCAGUGACGCUGAUGAGGUGUUUGCAAUUUCGAAAUCAGUUCGGGUUUGAGGAUGUUUUUGCGCUGCUUGCGCUGAUCUCAGCUGUUGCGAUGGGAGCUCUUGAGUACCCCAUGGCUCGAGACGGGAUGGGCCGAGACAUCUGGACAGUUGAGUUUGAGAGCAUUACGCGAAUCAUCAUGCAUGUCAUCGAUCAAAAUGGCAUUUCUGUGUCUCUACCUCCGCAUUUUCCCCAACGAAGGGCUUCGAAAAGUGAUCUAUGUGCUGAUGAUACUCGUGACUGGCUUCUUUCUUGCCUUCUUCUUUGGUAUCGCAUUCAACUGUACACCUGUCUCUCAUUCUACGAUAGCAUCACCAUUGUCAGUAUCCUACGACUCAAGGUCGUCGUCAGUUUUGCCAACACGACAAAUGCGACAUAUAUAGGCUGGGGCCAACCAUCCGUUCCUGAGGUACCGCAUCCGGAUGCGGAAGUGAUGAAGUCACCCCAAUAUGGUAGAGUUUCGAGAGAUCAACUCGAGCAGAAAAUGGUCCACCUGUCACGCGUCAGGAAAUGCUCUCAGCCCCGCCACGAGCGUCGAGCUGCUCCGGCUGCGGGCGGUUCAGAGUCGCCGUAUGUCUAUGCGUCGAGGUAUGCGGCCGAGGAACUGCCCGAACAUACAAUGGCCGAGCGGGAGAUGCCGGCCGAUGUCGCAUACAAGAUGAUCAAGGAUGAGUUGAGUCUGGAUGGAAAUCCUUUGCUGAAUCUGGCAAGCUUUGUGACCACAUAUAUGGAAGAGCCAGUGGAGCGACUCAUGUCCGACGCGAUGAGCAAGAACUUUAUCGAUUUCGAGCAGUACCCGCAAACCGCGCACAUCCAAAACCGUUGCGUCAACAUGAUCGCGGAUCUCCUGCACGCGCCCACCUCUGAUGACGCUGCCGGCGACCAUGAUGCCAUUGGGACAUCCACCGUGGGCUCUUCCGAAGCGAUCAUGCUCGCUAUGCUUGCGAUGAAGAAGCGCUGGCAGAACCGUCGCAAGGCAGAGGGGAAGGACUGGACGCGACCGAACAUUGUCAUGAACAGUGCGGUCCAGGUCUGCUGGGAAAAAGCCGCGAGAUACUUCGAUGUCGAGGAGAAGUACGUGUAUUGUACGGAAGAACGCUAUGUGAUUGACCCGAAGACGGCGGUGGAUCUCGUGGACGAAAACACCGUGGGUAUUUGUGCUAUCAUGGGAACAACGUAUACCGGGCAGUACGAAGACGUCAAGGCGAUCAACGACUUGCUCAAGGAGAAGAAGAUUGACUGUCCUAUCCAUGUGGACGCUGCCAGCGGGGGCUUUGUUGCUCCGUUUGUGAAUCCGUCUCUGGUGUGGGAUUUCCGGCUGGAAAAGGUCGUAUCAAUCAAUGUGUCGGGGCAUAAAUAUGGAUUGGUGUAUCCCGGCGUGGGGUGGGUGUUCUGGCGCGCCCCGGAAUAUCUUCCCAAGGAACUCAUCUUCAACAUCAACUACCUGGGCGCCGAGCAAGCCAGCUUCACGCUGAACUUCAGUAAAGGCGCUCAACAUGUAAUCGGUCAAUAUUACCAGUUGAUCCGUCUGGGGAAACACGGAUACAAGUCCAUCAUGAUGAACCUGAUCAAAAUCGGGGACUAUCUUUCGGAUGAACUGAGGAAACUUGGCUUUAUUAUCAUGAGCGACAGCGGUGGCCGCGGACUCCCUCUAGUCGCAUUCAGGUUGCAGAAGGAUGACGACCGUCUCUACGACGAGUUUGCAUUGGCGCAUGUGCUCCGCCAACGGGGGUGGGUGAUUCCUGCGUAUACCAUGGCUCCACAUAGCAACCAUCUCAGGAUGAUGCGAAUCGUGCUGCGAGAGGAUUUUAGUCUUCACCGCUGCAACCUGCUCAUCGAGGACGUCAAGAUGGCUCUCAAGUCCCUCGAGGAUAUGGACGAGGAGAUGAUCGAAAAAUUCAUGCAGUAUGGCUACUAUCCGCCUUUUCAAUGA